AUUACAAAAUGUCUAUGAUUUAGUAAUAAUAUUUUGUUUUAUUAUUGUUGUACUUAUAUAAUACAUUUUUGUGUGUUGUAUAUUUUAUUAUAUUAUGGCCUCCUUCAGUGACAUUGAGACAUGCCUACAGUCCCACAUUAUGCGGAACCAUCACGCAAAAUCAUCAAAAAAGCUCACGCAUUCACGAUUUUUUGUUCCGCCAAGUCUGAAUUCCGACACAAAAACAAAUCUCAGUUUUUUCAUUAUUUAUUAAUAGUGCGAAAUGAUAAUACUGAAUGCAAAAUAAAAUAUUUAUAGGUCUGUGUUUAUUGUUUACAUUUCAUCUCCUCCCGGACCCAGUGUGUCCUAAAAUUUAAUAAAAUUUACGAAGAAAUGGUUGAGCUAGUUCUAGACAUAGAUCUACUAAUUACUAGAUCAAUUCUAACACUUAACUCAAAUGGUUUGUAAUCUAAGAAAAGGAUUUUAAAAAAAAAUAUGUUAUUAAAUAUCUAGAUCUAGAUCUAAAUGUAAUUAAUUAAUUUAGACUUAGACCUAACCGUUUGGGACCCCUCAGGCUCAACUCAAGAAAACAUUAAGAAACUGGACCGUCCCGAGACAUGACGUUAAACUGCGCUCCUCUUUCCUUAGCACUUUUGGAGCUCAAAAGUCUUCGACCUAUGCUAGAGGGCGGUGGCUGGAGGGUCAAUCAGGGAGCUGCUGUAUCGGACACAUGUCCGAUGCAGCAGCUGACUGAGUAUAGCACCUGUGUAGCCCUGGCGGGCUCAUUCUGGACUUCCGAAUGGCCUGUCCCCUUGUUGGACUCGAUGGCGGGUGGGGAGCACAGGUGCCGAAUUAACAAGAAUAUACAUGGACAAAAAAAACCCCAACAAACUACUUGCCCCAGAUUUAAGUCUGGGCAAGAGACGCCUUAUUGAGGCAAAAAAGGAGGAGGCCACAAAAAGCUGUACUACCAGGCCAUCAUUUUUGGUGGUCAGGUGCACAGAGGAGGGGAAAAGUCUGACAAAGCUAAGCCCUUUCCUUAUCUAUAAGGGACUCAAGUCAGUAGUGGGAGAGCCCAAGAGUGUGUCUAAGCUACACAAAUCAAUGGAACUUCUUGUAGAAGUAGAUGGCAAGACACACUCUGAUGGGCUUCUAAGAUGCAGGAGACUCUGUGAUCUCCAAGUGGAAGUCAUGCCACACAAGAGUCUGAACACCAGCAGAGGUGUAAUCAGCUCUAGGGACCUACUGGAAUGUUCUGAGAAGGAAAUAGUGGAGGGCAUUGAAGGAGUCAUCCAUGCCCGGCGCAUUACCAGGCGCAGGGAUGGUGAGGAGGUCAAAACCGCCACUAUUAUCCUCACAUUCGGAACUAGGACACCGCCAGAGUAUGUGAAGGCAGGAUACCUACGAGUUCCAGUGAGGCCCUACAUACCUAACCCCAUGAGGUGCUUCAAGUGCCAGGGUUAUGGACACGACGCGGCAGUCUGCAAGAGGAACACUGUGUGUGCCAGAUGUGCUGGAGAGGGUCAUGAGGACAAGGGCUGCACAGCCCAGUUCAAGUGCCCAAACUGUCAAGCUGGCCACUCAGCCUACUCCAAGGACUGCCCUGUGUGGAAACAGGAGGUUGCCGUGCAGGAGUACAAGGCAAGAAAUGGAUGUACCUUCAGCCAGGCAAAAUCGUCUAUACUGGCCCUACCCAAGGGCCAAUUCGGCUUGACAAAGACCUACGCCCAGGCUGUUGCUAAGAUAGGAAGAUCCAUAGCCACACAGACGGACACAUUAACCCCACCACCCCCUCCUCCUCCCCCAACUCAGAAGAAAACACCGCCAAAGAACACACCUCUGAAGAAACAAGAAAGCCCUGUUGUCAUGCUAAAGAACAGGUUCUCUGUGCUCGCUGAUGAGAGCAUGGAGACUGAGCAGCAUGUAAAAAUCAAUACUCCGGGAGAACCCGGAGACAUCAUGUCUGACACAGGUUCUCCUCAGAGAACCCAGCCAGACACCCCAACCUCUACCGAAUUAGAGGUUGACCAACUCCCUAAGGGGAGAAAUCAAAGCGGAGAGGAUGCCCGAGGCGAGAGAGGAGGAAAUGACCUCCGCUCUAACCAGAGGGAUCUCCCCUCUCCAGAGAGAAAGACUUCCCCCAAAAGGGGGUUGUCCUCCUCUCCAUCCAAACCCAAGAAUAAAAAUACCAAGGUCACUGGAAUAAAGGGAAACCCCUCCGGGGGCCUCCCAAGGCCAAAUAGCUCCAAGUAGGUCAUCUAGAAUAAGCCAUGGAUUCCAGAAUUGUACAGUGGAAUUGUAGAGGCCUCAAGGCCAAUUACAAGGAAAUGCAGCUACUGAUGGACUCUGAGACUCCUGUAGCUGUCUGCGUACAGGAAACAUUUCUGAAAGAUUGCAUCAGCUUCCGAAGCUACCAUGCUUAUAGCAAGAAUGUUGAGGAUGCAGAGAGAGCAUCAGGUGGAGUCUGUAUCCUUGUGAAGGAUAGCAUCCCCCAUGAGAGGGUAGAACUACAGACCACACUACAGGCCGUAGCAGCUAGGAUAACCCUUCACAAGGUUAUCAUUUGCUGCAGCCUGUAUCUACCACCAGGCGCUCCAUUAAACCAAACAGACAUGGAGGACCUAUUGAAACAACUCCCCCGGCCUUAUUUAAUCCUUGGGGAUUUCAAUGCCCAUAACACCAUGUGGGGAUCCAACAAUACCGACACAAGAGGUCGUAUGCUGGAGGAUAUCUUCCUCCAACAUGAUUUAUGCAUACUUAAUGAUGCAUCACCGACCUACUUGCACCCAGGAACUUGAUCACUCACAUGCAUUGACCUCACCGUAUGUGUCCCCGGACUUCUGGACAAUUUUAAAUGGUCAGUUAGCAAUGAUCUACGGGGAAGUGAUCACUUCCCAAUCAUCAUUACUAACAAUCUCCCUUCAUUGGGACGACCUCAGCGGUGGAAACUGAAUAAGGCAGAUUGGGAACAAUUCCAAAAAAGAUGCUCAGAGGAUAUCACAGAAAAUAUCCUCCAUGAACAGAACCCAGCUGAUACCUUUGCUAGCAAGCUACUAAGUAUAGCCAGGAAAGUUGUACCCCUAACCUCUGCAAAUCCAAAACGGCCUAGCAAACCAUGGUUUGAUACAGCUUGCAAAAGUGCUAUUGGCGAUAGGAAAAAACGACUGGCUGCAUUUAUAAAGAAUCCUUCCCAGGAAAACCUAAAGCUAUUCAGGAUAGCUAGAGCAAAGGCUAGACAAACCAUACGGUCAGCCAAAAGGAAUUCCUGGAGAAAUUUUGUCGGCAGACUGGAUGCCAAAACUUCUGCUAGAGCGGUUUGGAAGGCAGUAAGGCGAAUCAAAGGGAAAGAAUCAAAUGCAAUAGGGCAUUUGAAAAACCAAGGACAAACUGUCACGUCCCCCAGAGAAAUAGCUGACUGCCUUGCAUCCUCAAUAGCAGAAAAAUCAUCCACUGCACACUACACGCCAGAGUUCCAAAAAGUCAAAACCAGGGAGGAAAGACACCCCAUUGAUUUCAGGUCAGAGAACAAUGAAGAUUACAACAAACCGUUCUCGCUUGAGGAACUGAGGGAAUCGCUGGACAAGUCACAUGACACAGCGCCUGGAGAAGACGAAAUCCAUUACCAGUUCCUCAAGCACCUUCCCAAACCCUCAUUGGCAGUCCUGCUAGGGGUCUAUAACUGUGUGUGGCAAACAGGCGCUUUCCCAAACAGCUGGAGGAAAGCCACAGUUAUACCGAUACCUAAACCGGGAAGAGACGGCUCUGACCCAGCUAACUAUCGACCAAUAGCACUAACAAGCUGCAUCUGCAAAACCAUGGAAAGAAUGAUUAACAGUAGGCUGGUUUGGUACCUGGAAAGGAAUAAAGUGAUCUCAAACUACCAGUGCGGAUUCCGGCAGGGGCGGACAACAACUGACCACCUGGUAAGGCUGGAAGCUUAUAUUAGAAAUGCAUUACUCAGAAGAGAACAUCUAGUAGCUGUAUUCUUCGAUAUAGAAAAGUCCUAUGACACAACCUGGAACCAUGGCAUUCUACGUGACCUGGCGCUUAUGGGGCUUAAGGGACACCUCCCCCGUUUUGUGGAGGAAUUCCUGAAAGAUCGAAAAUUUCAGGUUCGAGUGGGCAACUCCGUUUCUGACACUCAUGACCAGGAAAUGGGUGUACCCCAGGGCAGCAUUCUGUCAGUCACCCUGUUCAACAUUAAAAUAAAUAGCAUCAUAAAUGCGCUGUCCCCUGGCAUAGAGUGCUCUUUGUAUGUUGAUGACUUUGUUAUUCUUACUUAUGGGAAAAACAUGAACACCUUAGAAAGAAAAUUACAGUUAUGUUUAAACAAAAUUCAGGGUUGGGCAAACUAUAAUGGUUUCAAAUUCUCAGACUCCAAAACAGUUAGUAUGCAUUUUUGUAAUCUAAGGGGACUCCACCCAGACCCUGAACUAUUUAUACACAAAAAGAAGAUCCCUGUCGUGAAAACUUCAAAAUUUUUAGGCCUCACCUUAGAUUCCAAAUUUAAUUUUCUCCCCCACAUUAAGGAACUUAAGAAGAAAUGCCAAAAGUCAUUAAACAUACUAAGAAUACUCAGCCAUACGGACUGGGGAGCUGACAGAGAUACCUUGCUGCUGCUUUAUCAGAGUCUAAUUCGAUCCAAGCUAGACUACGGAUCCAUAAUAUAUGGAGCAGCAAGGAAGUCGUACCUAAAAAUACUGGAACCAAUACAAAAUGCUACCCUGCGUCUCUGUCUCGGCGCGUUUCGUACAUCACCUAUCCCAAGUCUCCAUGUGGAGGCUGGAGAACUCCCCAUGGAUAUAAGAAUGAAAAAGCUUGCAAUGCAGUAUAUAGUCAAGCUAAAAUCCAACCCCACGAACCCUGCUUUUGACUCCAUAUUUAACCCCACAGAGGUAGAAUUAUACAAUCGAAGGCCUAACGUCAUACAGCCGUUGGGCCUUCGAAUGAGAGAACCCAUCCAAAAUUUAACCCCACCCAUUGACCAAAUCUCUAAAAUAGAAACCCCUCAGAACCCUCCUUGGCUAAUGAAUAAACCCAAAUUAAAUUUAUCCCUCCUUAAUUCCAAAAAGGAAAUACAGACCCAAGCAUACUACAAGUCCACUUUAGGGAACUGCAGGAGAGCUACGGAGAUUGUGGCACCAUCUACACAGACGGAUCCAAAAUGGAGGGAAAGGUCGCGUGUGCCUGCUCCUUUCGGAACAAAACAAUCUCCCGUAGACUCCCCGAUGGCUGCUCCAUCUUUACGGCCGAAUUGCACGCAAUAUUGCUUGCACUUAUGGCCGUAAAAGCAUCAGAAAGGAGGAAAUUUAUAAUCUGCUCCGACUCCAAAUCUGCAUUGCAAGCUUUGGGGCGGAUGAAGACUGACAUCCCAUUGGUACAUAAGAGCCUGAAGCUGUUGGACCAAAUAACAGCCGACCGUAGGGAUGUCACCUUCAUCUGGGUCCCCUCCCAUGUUGGCAUUGAGGGAAACGAAGCCGCAGACAGAGAAGCAAAGAGAGCCCUAAAUCAUGCGGUGUCAGGAACCCAAAUUCCCUACUCGGACCUGAGACAAAGUAUUGCCUCUGCCACCUAUCGAGAGUGGCAGAACCGAUGGGAGGCUGAGACUCACAGUAAACUCAGGCAGAUUGUGGCGGAUGUCAGGUGGCGGCCCACAUCUAAGGGUCUGACAAGGCGUGGUAGCACGACCAUGUCCAGACUUAGGAUUGGCCACACCUACAUCACGCACUCUUUUGUACUGAAGAGAGAGGAGCCCCCACUUUGUGAGUACUGUGACUCUCGCCUCACUGUGGAACAUAUCCUCGUUGAUUGCCCCAGAUACCAGGAUGUCAGGGCGAAAUAUUUUAGAACCACUAAUUUAAAUACACUAAUUGAUAAUGUCGACCCUGGGAAGGUACUGGGCUUUAUCCGGGAAGUGGGGCUAUCUACGAAGAUCUGAUUUAUGAAUUUGUGAACAUGCACUAUUUACAUUAGAUUUUUACCAAAUAUUUAAAUUUUUACUACCUUUACUAUUUUAACUGUGAAUAGACCUUGAUUUUAAUGAUAUGACUGUAUAGAAUCUGGCCCUUGUUUAGAGAGAGAGGGAUCCUUAAGGGACUGCAGGCACGACAUGGCCUAAAUUGUGCCGAUGUGCCUCAAAUAAAAAAUCAAAUCAAAUCAUUAAGAAACUGGAACAGACACAAAAUAGAGCAGUGAGAUUCAUAACAAACCAAUAUUCACAUUUGACUAGAGUAACACCUUUAGUAAAAUCACUAAAUUUAGAAAGCCUUCAGGACAGAAGACUCAAAAGUAAAGUAGCAAUUAUACAUAAAACAAUGAACCAUAAUCUUCAAAUACAAAAACAAAAUCUAAUAAAAUACUCUGAAAGACACAAAGAUAAAGGCACAUUCCUCAUCCCAUAUGCUAGGACAAAUUUGUACAAAUACUCCUUCUUCCCUAGUGCUAUUAGAGCAUGGGAUGGGUUGCCUGAGCUAGC